GUYCAUUGAUYCUUCUCCAAUUCUUCUCCAAAUCCAGUUUGCUUGGCAGACAAAAGAGGUGGAAAAAAUAUCUCUGGAGAAGAAUCUAUUAUGGGGGAGAAGCAGACGAAGAAGCUACAUUGAUACGCUCAAAGGUACUGCGUCAUUUGAAAAAAUGCAUUACACCCUCUGGCUGGACCAAUCAAAAGGUAGACCUCACUUCAGCUCAUUUCCGGUUUAAGGACCUUAAAUAAAAACAUUGCCUGUGCCAGUCUUACCUUUACUUUGCGUAUCGCGUUAUUGGUAUAGAGAAGAUCGCAGAUCAGCGUAGGAAAACGGUUGAAUGAAAAGCAAGCUAAAUUUUUCACCAAUGCCAGUCCCUUAGAUUCAAACGUAGAGAGAAAAAUAAUCAAGAUUUUGGAUUAGUAUAUGGCUUCAGUGCUCGCCACAAGUAUAACUAUAACGAGGCAUCGCACACAACAUAUGGCCGAUGAAACGCUUGCACUAACUCGGUACAUUAUUCUGAGUCUUAUUAGAACCAAUGUGGAUUGUCCGUCGACGUUAGCAUGGAAAWUUAGAACCCUUGUUUCUAACGUUCGAGAUGAAAAAAAGUUACUACUCUCCGGUAGUUGUCAUCAGAUUUCAUUGACGAAUGAUAAUGCUCAAGCUACGUUUUUUGCCAUCGCCGAYGAAGUCUUUGAAGAUGCGAUCAACUGGGGACGAAUUGUAACUUUUUAUGCCUUUGCAGUGGAAGUGGCUGAGUAUUUCGAACGUCAAGGAGCUCCACACAUGAUAAAUCGUGUGAUCGAAUGGACAGCUCUCUUUGUAGARCAAAAACUAAGCACUUGGAUCAAGCGUGAGGGUGGUUGGAACAAACUCGAACAUUUGGACUUUGCGUCUAGUCCAACUCAGAAACUUCUUUGGAAAGGUUUGUUAGUCACAGCCACUACUCUUGGUCUUGGAGCGUUUGCUGCAAUAGUUUAUACAAAAUAAAUUAUUAUCGACUAUUUUAAGAGGAAUGAAGAUUUCGCAAAGCUAUAAAUGGAGAUUCUUUCCUCUACGUGCUGAAAAUCGAAGGGCGAAGAAAUAUUGAUAAUCUCCCAUCGAAAGUAUACUCGAGAUUUUAUCUUGUUAUUUUGGAAGUUCCGUUGUCAAAUCCCUUUGAACUUCAAAAGAUGUAAAAAUAUAUCUGACAAAGUUGAURCUUGAAAGAAAAACGUGUUGCAUUAGAUGGUAGAUGGUCACGCUUGAAUGCGAAUUCCGUUGYUUUUAGUGUUUGGAAAAUAGUGCUUCUCAAUACAAUAUAAGAAAAUCGUACCUACACUGAAGAGGCCACGUUAUAUUCUAUUCGAUUUAUAAUUAUCAAUGAAAUAUCUAACUUUGAAGUUUUUGAGUAAAGAAUGCACAAUAAGCUAUUUUCUGAAAGUUAACAGUUAGUGUGAGUCUUGCUUAUGGAGAAAAGAUAGAUAUUUUAUUGAUAAGUAGAAAUAGUUAAAUGAUUAUGGACUGUAAAUACUGAACACUGCAUAUCGAAUUGCAGCUUGAGUCAUCGUGGUUAAUUAUAACGAGAGACUUUUACAUCUCUUUUUGUAAAAAUACACUGAAUUGUUGAAAUAACUUUUUACCUCAGUUCAGUCUAAAACACUGCAGUAUUCACUCGAUGUAACCUUUUUGAAACCASUUUAUAUUUUGCAAGUAUCUGCAAAGAUUUUCCAUAGUCGUUUUUUACAAGUUAAAGAAGUUAUACUCAGAACUAUGAACAUACUUCUGGGUUUGUACGUAAAACUAUGCAUUCAACCACAUUGGUUCAAGUCAGUAACGACAAAAUAACGUAUUUAGUAUUGAUUAAAUAUCGAUUAGAAUGUAACCAUUAAUUAAUUAUACAUUGAUUGGAUGGAGAUUUGGUUUUGAUGUAUGCAACCAUUUAUUCAUUCACGGUGUGUUCUUAAUUACUGAGUAUUUAGUGUUUGUAAUGAAUUAUAUUAAAUGUAAAAAACACAAAGCCAAAUAUAUAUAUAUAUAUAUAUUUAUACCUUAAUAUUUUGAAAAUAGUUUUAACGACUUUAAUAGUGGUUAUUAAUAUAUUAUUAAUACGUAUUGAUAAACUGUAUUAAGGUGUUCAAUAAUUUGAGUUAUUUUCUUUUACUUGGAGUUUUUCUCAGUGAUGAUUUGUGUAACGAUAAUUUAUAUUUCUAUUGAAUUAAGUAAAAGAUUUGUUYAAAUUAAUGAUCUUAGGGUAGUUUUCUCGUGUUUUGCUUGAAAUAUGAAAUAUUGGCUCAAGUUGAUGCUUGGCUGAUGACGUUAGAGACAAAUGAAUAAAUGAAAUAAAAAAAAUUAUUAA